GCAUGUCUGCCUACUACAGGAAUAAUGGAUAUGAGGAAGAUCCAGAUUACCCUGAUUAUUCAGGAUCUCAGAACCAUUCAUGGGGGCAUUUGAAAACUCAGGAUUAUACAGAUUCUCCAGAUACUCUGAACAACUCAGGCUACCCUAGCCCCAGGAGCAACCCAUACUCUGCAGACUACAGAACAAGCUUAGACUAUCCUGAGUCUCUAGCAGAACCAGAUUAUCCUGGAUCUCAGAAUAAUCCAGAAGAGUCUGGCACUAGAAGCAAUCCAUUCUUUGCUGGCUCCAGAAGUUCAGAUUAUCCCACAUCUCUGGCAGAGCCAGAUUAUGUUGGAUCUUGGAGCAAACCAUCCCAUCCAGGCUCAUCCAGAGAGCCAGACUACUCUGAAUCCCAACGAAAUUCUGACUUUGGAGGCUCCAGAAGCAGUGGAAACUAUGCAGGUUCCAGAACAAAUCCUGAUUAUCUUGACUAUUUGGGAGAACCAGACUACCCUGGAGCCCAGGGAAACACUAACCAUCCUGGCUCCAGAGCAAAUUCCAACCAUCCAGGCUCCAGAAGGAACCCAGAACAUGCUGGUUCCAGAAUCAUUCCAUACGUAGAUGUUCUGGGAGAGCCUGAUUAUCCAGGAGCUGAGAAUCAACCUAACUCUCCAGACUUUUUUUGGGAACCAGACUAUCCCAGAGCUGAGAACUCUCCAAACUUUUGGGGGAAACCUGAUUACCCAGUCGCUGAGGAUGGUCGUGAUUAUGGCUCUUCUGAGACUUCAGAAAUUACCAGAGAGGUGCUCAGCAGAACAUCUUCAUUCCAGCCCUCAUUGCGUCAUAGGGGUGAUGGCUCUUUGGGGAUCGUUGGGAGAGAGAAUGAAGAUUACCCUGAAAACAUUGCAAUGAAAUCCAUGAAUAUGGCCUCUGUGCCAGGGGCUUCUGGCAAUGGCUAUGUAAACCCUGCUUAUGUGGGUGAAAGUAGCCCCCACCUAGUUUAUGGAAACCCACCAUUGUCUGGAUGUGAGUGGCACAAAUCACCUGAAGGUCAAAAGUUAAUUGCAUCUCUGAUACCAAUGACAUCCAGAGACAGAAUUAAAGCCAUCAGGAAUCAGCCAAGAACCAUGGAAGAGAAAAGGAACCUUAGGAAAAUGCUUGACAAAGAGAAAAGUAAGCACUCCCAUCGUAUGCUUGAGCUCAACUGCUGUGCUCAGUGUCUAAGCUCCAUAUCACGGGCCUACCGGAGAUCGAAGAACAGCCUGUCAGAACUGCUCGAUUACAUCAGCCUAUGGCAGAAGACGCUCAAGGUCAUCGGAAGCAAGUUUGGAACCAGCGUCCUCUCCUAUUUUAACUUUCUGAGGUGGCUUUUGAAGUUCAACAUUUUCUUGUUCAUUGUGACCUUCAGCUUUAUCAUAAUCCCUCAGUUUACCGUGGCUGAGAAGAACACCCUCCAGUUCACCGGAUUGGAGCUUCUCACUGGGGCGGGUUAUUUUAGAGACACAGUGAUGUACUAUGGCUUUUACACCAAUUCUACGAUCAGGCAUGGGAAUGGCAGGGCAUCCUACGACAUGCAGCUGGCCUACAUCUUCACAAUCGGAGCAUGUUUGAUCAUCUGUUUUUUCAGUUUGCUAUUCAGCAUGGCCAGGUAUUUCCGAAACAACUUCAUUAACCCCCACAUUUACUCCAGAGGGAUCGCUAAACUUAUUUUCUGCUGGGACUUCACGGUAACUAAUGAAACAGCUGUCAAGUUGAGACAGAAGAAUCUUAGCACUGAAAUAAGGGAAAACUUGUCAGAAAUCCUUCAGGAGAAUGUCAAGUUAACGUUCAAUCAGCAGCUGAUCCGCUUGUCUGCCCACCUGGCAGCCUGGGUUGUGUCUACUGGAGUGGCUGUUGCCUGUUGUGUAGCUGUUUAUUACCUGGCUGAGAACAACUCAGAGUUCCUGAAGAACCACAAGGACCCUGGGGCGGUGCUGUUAUUGCCUUUCAUUGUGUCCUGCAUCAACCUGGCUGUGCCACGCCUCUAUUCCCUGUUCAGGCUGGUGGAGCGGUAUGAGAUGCCCCGGCACGAAGUCUAUACCCUCCUGAUCCGAAACAUCUUUCUGAAAAUAUCAAUCAUUGGAAUCCUUUGUUACUAUUGGCUCAACAUUGUGGCCCAGGCUGGUGAAGAGUGUUGGGAAACCCUCAUUGGCCAGGAAAUCUACCGACUUCUUCUGAUGGAUUUUGUGUUCUCUUUAGCUGAUUCCUUCCUGGGCGAGUUCCUGAGGAGACUCAUUGGGAUGCAGUUUAUAACAAGCCUUGGCUUACAGGAGUUUGACAUCGCCAGGAAUGUCCUGGAACUGAUCUAUGCACAAACUCUGGUGUGGAUUGGAACCUUCUUCUGUCUUCUGCUGCCCUUUAUCCAAAUGAUUACUCUUUUCAUCAUGUUUUACGUCAAAAAUAUCAGCCUGAUGAUGAAUUUCCAGCCUCCGAGCAAAGCCUGGCGAGCCUCACAGAUGAUGACAUUCUUCAUCUUCUUGCUGUUUUUCCCAUCCUUCACUGGGGUCCUGUGCACCCUGGCCAUCACCAUCUGGAGAUUGAAACCUUCAGCUGACUGUGGUCCCUUUCGAGGUCUACCCUUCUUCAUUCACUCCAUCUACGGCUGGAUUGACUCCCUGAGUAAAAGGCCCAGCUACCUAUGGGUUGUUUGGAUCUACCAGAACCUCAUUGGAAGUGUGCAUUUCUUUUUCAUCCUCACCCUCAUUGUGCUAAUCAUCACCUACCUCUACUGGCAGAUCACAGAAGGAAGGAAGAUUAUGAUCAGACUGCUCCAUGAACAGAUUAUUAAUGAGGGCAAAGAUAAAAUGUUCCUGAUAGAAAAGUUGACCAAACUGCAGGAUAUGGAGAAGAGAGCAAACACCAGCUCGUUCACACAGGAAAGGAGAGAUGUAGAGCAACCAGGAGCUUUGUAUGUCAGAGAACAUGAUGCUGCUUUUGACCUGCGAUUUAGGCGCUCAGUUCAAGAAGAGAAUCCAAAGGCGUGAUGUUUGUUGCGGCAGCCAGACACCAAUCGAAUGAAAAGAUAAAGAUGGAGCAGCUUCUUCCAUGACACCUGAACCUUUCUGAGCUUCCCAGGAGGGGGAAUUCAAGCCAUUAGCCAGAGUGGGAAGCUGACCACAAUGUAUAAACUGAAGAAGAUUUGGCCAUUGCCUGCUGGUUUUUUAUACCUGGAUUUUCCAAGAAAAAAUAUUUGGGUUUUUAAAAUAAAGACAAUUGUAACAUUUAAACUGGUUCACAGAAACCAGAAGAGAUAACCUGGGAAUUAUUUAUUGAGUCUUUAAGAGAUGUGCAUAUGAAUUAUUGGUCCUUAGAAAUCUCUCCUCCCAGACCCGGCAAAGAUUUGGAAACUGGUGUUCAAAUAGUCCAGCCUGAAUAAAACGGGGAUCCUUAGGGAUGUGAAACCUCUGAAUUGGGGAACCUGCUUUGUUCGUGACUUUGAACUGCAAAUAUCCCACCCCAUGUUCCCAACAGAGAAAUACAAGAGGUCUUGUUUAGAAACUUUAUUGCAUAUCACGUAUGAGUCUUUGGGGUUGAACUGGGAUGAGUGUGGGUGUGGACUGGGACUCUGCCCCUGUGAGGUUGAUACAUGAGUCACCAUCAAAGCCUUAUGCUGAAUCAAAGAUGAAACCAGUGGUGAUGCAUGAAGCAUGUAUGUAUAUAUAUGUGUGUGUGUGUGGAAUGAAUAUACACCUAUGUGUGUAUAUACACAUGUACACAUACCAUGCCUUUAAAAAUAUUUUACUUAUUUAAGUAAUCUCUACACCCAGCUUGGAGCUUGAAUUCACAACCCUGAAAUCAAGAGUGGCAUGCUCUUCCGACUGAACCAGGCGGGUGCCCCAACAUAUAGCAUUAUUGUGCAGAUUUGCUGAAUGAUUCACAAGGCAUGUGAUUGUACUUAGAACUGAAGCAUCUAGCAGAAAGGUGGAAUUGACCAAAUUAUUUAGGGGAGAAGUCUCCUCUUGAGUAAUCACUAUGAUGAAAUAUAGUUGGAACUGAAUUUUGAAAGCAUUUAACAUGCAUUUGAAACACAAGCAUCCAAUCAAUGCUCAGUCGACUCACAUUUUCAUUCACUUAUUUAUUCGUUAACUCAUUUCAUCAACUAAAUUUGUUAAUUUUUUUGGUAUCUUCUCUGCUAGUAGUUGCUAGAAGUGUUCAUUCAUUCAACAAAUAUGUGCCAAGUAGUUGUGAACAAAUCAGUGAACAAGUCAAGACAGAGUCUGUGUCCUCAUGUGCUUAUUAUCGACAGGAAAUUAAUAAUUAAAUUGUGAUAGGUGCUGUGAAGGAGAAGCCCAGGGGACUGCAGGAGACUUUUCAGUAGAGUCAAUGAAGGGAGCCCACUGAAUUGAUGUUUGAAGUGAUUUUCCCCCCCUUUGUGUCAUCUUAAAGCUGUCUUGUGCUUCUUUGGCUUCUACACUGAAAUAUGAACUCCCUCCGAAAGUAGAAUUUUUGCCUAUUGACCAUCUGGUAAGGGCUUAUAUCUGGAAUGCUUCUCCAUUUGCCUCCAUCGCUUGUGUCAACUUCUGCUUCUCUUGGAGGUGUAAACAAAGGGGAAAGAUCUAGUCUGUAGGUCUCACACGCAUUUGGAUGUGAGGAUGCUUUUAGAACUUGGGCUUGGGAUGCCUGGGUGGCUCAGCGGUUGAGCGUCUGCCUUCAGCUCAGGGCGUGAUCCCAGGAUCUGGGAUCAAGUCCCACAUUGGGCUCCUUUCAGGGAGCCUAUCUCUCCCUCUGCCUAUGUUUCUGCCUCUCUCUGUGUCUCAUGAAUAAAUAAAAAAUAUUAAAAAAAACAACAACAAUUUGGGCUUGAGGGGCACCUGGGUGGCUUAGUUAAAUGUCUGCCUUUGGCUUGGGUUGUGAUCCUAGGAUCCUGGGAUAGAGCCCUACAUCAGGCUCCCUGCUCAGUGAGGAGCCUGCUUCUCCCUUCCCUCUGCCCCGCUUCCCUUCUUGUUCUCUCCCUCUCUCGGAUAGAUGAUAGAUAAAUAGAUAGAUGAUAGAUAAAAUCUUUAGAGAAACAACAAAAAACUUGGGCUUGAGAUAGGGAAUGUAUUGGCUUGCUAGGACUGCCACAACCAAAUACUAUAGACAGGCUGGCUUAACACAAAAUUUUUCAGAUUUCUGGAGGCAGGGAAGUCCAUGCUCCUUGUCACUGUCCACAGUUUUGGUUUCCUUCUGAUGCCUCCUUGGCUUGCAGGUGGUUACCUUUACGCUGUGUCCUCAUAUACUCUUUCCU